AUGCAUCGACUUUUUGCUGAGCUGGAGCCAUCUGUAAACGUCACCGAGCAAAACCUAGCAGACCGAGUUCGGUAUAUCUUGCGCUCAAAUACAUUUUAUGUUACCGAACUCGAACGGCUACGACGUGAGGCUGUUCCUUCAUCGGGUGAAAAUGCUGCGGCUGAGGAUGCGGCGCCACAACUUGCUGAGCAAACGGCAAAUGUAGAUACCGCCGCGAACACGCCAGUUGUGGUUGAUUCAGACGAUGAUGGAACAGUCGCCCAAGAACUGGAACUAGAGCAAAUGAGGAGUACAUUGGAAGAGGCGAUUGUAGAAACGCGCAGUACGCCUCUCGAAAAUCGACCGCGACUUCCCCGCUUAGCCCUAAGCAAGCAGAAUCGGGCUGUCGUGAGGGCUCUGAACCCAAUGCUGGUUACCUAUUUGGAAGCCAGCCAGGACCUUUGCGAGACGGACUCAAUUCUUUUUGGCGCCGCACUGGCAGUCUGCCGUAUUAUAGUCAAACUUUCCACGGCUGGACGCGCUGCUGGACAAAGUAGUGCUAUCCCAGCCUGGAGAAUAAGAAUUGAAGAACGUAUCGCAAGGGCUAGGGCCCUCAUCGGCAGACUGAUAUGCUUCAGGUCAGGCAAUACCAGGCCAAGGAUUGUGCGCACCGUCAGGAUGGCGUUUGCUGGGACAAAUGUUAGUUUGUCCCAGCCGGAUAUAAUGCAAAAACUGACGGAGCGCAUAGACGACCUGAAGCGAAGAAUCGCUGCUUGGGGAAAGCGGAUUCGGCGAUAUACCGAGAGAUCGACACGGUUCAACCAGAAUCGUCUCUUCCAGAGUGAUCAGAAGAGGCUCUAUAAAUCAUUGGAGCGACCAAUAGUAAGUGGAACGGGUCCAGUACCAAAUCAGGCCGACACGGUCGCAUUCUGGCGCAGCCUGUGGUCAGAGCCUGUAAACCACAACGAGGGCCCUUGGACGGAAGUUGUGGCGAGGCAGUGUGCGGGUAUUACGCCCAUGGACCCCGUCAUCAUAACGCAGGAUGACGUAGCUGAGGCGGUCCGUAGGGCCCCGAACUGGAAAAGUCCGGGGCUUAACGGGCUGCAUCACUACUGGCUGAAGGGGUUCAUGGUGUGUCACGCUGUGCUCGCCCGACAGUUUCAAGAGGCUCUCAACCAGAAGUCGCUCCCAAGCCUCUUCACUACUGGAAUCACUCAUUUGGUUCCUAAAGAUCAGGAUGCCACAGACCCGAGCAAAUACCGCCCCAUCACAUCAAACAAUGAUCCGCCCGCAGACUUCAUCCACAUGCUUUAUGCUGAUGAUGAUGAAGAUCUGUUGGAGGAUAGUGAGUUUGAGCCAGAUGAUGAUGAGGUGGAAGACGCGCGCGCGUCGUCACCUAAGGCUUACUCUCCUAUACCACCUGGACGUCGCGAACAGCCCGGUGAUGAUGUGGAAGCGGAAAUUGUAUUCGAGGUGUACAAUCCGUCAACAUACGAGUACCCGAAGUCAUUCAAUAUGGAACUAGAGACGCGGUGA